CUGCGCAGAAGCGGUAUUCUGUCGCGAGAUCACACUGCUGUUCUCUGUCUAUCAGCAAUACAACAAAUAAGAUCUUCAGCCAUUGAGCGUGUCAUGGGAGGAGGAAUGCUUCCACUGGUUUUAACAAGCUUGGGAGUCUUGCUGCUGUAUCGACUACUCGUGCGUCUCAGGAACGGUGCUUCUGUGCAGGGCGCUGUCGUGGUCAUCACAGGAGCCAGCUCUGGACUCGGAAAAGAGUGUGCGCGGGUCUUUCACGCAGCAGGGGCUCGGCUGGUGCUCUGUGGGAGAGAUGCUGCCCGCCUGCAACAGGUGGUCAAGGAGUUGACAGCAGCAUCUGCGGAUACACAGCAGCAGACGUUCCCCCCCAGCUCUGUUGUCUUCGACCUGGCAGACGCAGGCAAGGUGAGCAGAGCCGCGGAGGAGAUCCUGAAACUUUAUGGACACGUAGACGUCCUCAUCAAUAACGCCGGAAUUAGUUACCGUGGCAACAUCUUAGAUACCCAUAUAUCGGUUCAGCGGGACGUUAUGGAGACAAAUUACUUUGGACCAGUGGCUCUUACUCAAGCUCUCCUGCCCGCCAUGGUUGAGCGGCGCAGCGGCCACAUUGUGGUCAUCAGCAGCGUCCAGGGAAAGAUAGCCAUUCCUUACAGAUCAGCUUACGCCGCCUCCAAACACGCCACCCAGGCCUACUUUGACUGCUUACGGGCAGAGGUCGAGCACUUUGGGAUCCCAGUGACGGUGAUCAGCCCUGGCUACAUACGGACCAACCUGUCGGUCAACGCCGUCACCGGGGACGGCUCCACGUAUGGAGUCCUGGAUAAAACCACAGCCACGGGCUGGGACCCCAUCCAUGUGGCCCACGCUGUCCUGAAGGCCGUCCGUCAGAGAAGCAAAGACGUAGUUUUGGCCGGGCCUCUGCCCACGGUGGCCGUCUACCUCCGCACACUGUGGCCUGCACUUUUCUUCAAACUCAUGUCCUCCCGCGCUCGCAAAGAACGGAAGCCUAAAACGGAGUGACCUGGCAGCCGGUCCGGCUCCGUCUGGCCACAGCAGGAAUCUGGCUGCUGCACGUGCACACCAGACAGACUGAGGAGAAGCUCUUUAUUGUAAGUUUAUUGUAAGUAUUGUAAAAUAUGUACUUAAAAUAUGUACCUAAUCAGAUAAGAAAGCUGCUUUGUUCAGCCAUAUCUGGAAAUAAAGUUUGUAAAGCUGCUAGCAGUG